UUCCUCUUGCGUUGCAUCUUGCAUUCCAGUUUAUAUCGAACUCGAUGCAUAAUGGAAACUGGAAGCACAUGAUGUUUUUUAUCUUAUGUUUUUAUUACGCUGUUUAUCGCUUUUUAGUUAUCCGUUAUCAAUAAUACUGUGAAAAUAAAGAUAAGCUACACGAAGAGUGCCUUCCAUAAUUACCGAUUUCUGUGCUGUUUUAAAUUAAAAUCUUUUUCCACAAGCGUGAAGUUUGUCUUCUAGUUUUUAUUACUGUGCAAAGCUAAUAUACAAACAAAUUGCAGAUAUAUAUUUUUUUGAGAAUAUAGAAAAUAUACACAUAAGUUAAUAAUUAUGUGCCAACGACUAGAAGCUAUAGAUAAAUAUUAUUACAAUUUGCAAUAUAAUGAAUGUAAGAGAGAAGAGGCAUUAGCAAAAAUAUCCAGUUUAUCUAAAGCAAUAAAGUUUAAAGAUGUUAAUGACAUCUCAGAGAGAUUCAUUGAAACAGCAUUUGUAAUAAAAAACAAUCUGUCUCUUUUCCAAUCUGUAUGUAGACAUGUAGACAUAGUUACCACUAUUAUUGAAUAUUUAACUAAUUUUGGUGCGAAAUUUAUGCUUCACAGUCAAUUUGAGGAAGAAUAUACUAGAGAUGAUGAAAUUUUGUCAGUAAUGCUUACUCUUGUGCAUAUAUGUGGAGACACAGAAAUAGAAUUAUUUUUGGAAGAUGCUAUUCUCAAAAAUUAUACAUUGAAUGGAACAAUUCAAUAUGAGCAAUUGAAAUGUAAACCUUUCCAUUUAACAGAUCAGUCCAAUGAAAUGAUACUUUUAGAAGAUUCAGAUUUGUAUGCAGUUAUUCGCUGUUUGAGAAUUAUCUACUCUCAAACUACCGACAAAGGAUGUUUCCCUUAUUUACAUAAAAUUUGGGUCCAAGAGUUUAUAAAACAAAAGUUUUUAUGGCUUGUCCAAGAAUAUUUUAAGAAUUUAACUUUUCCCAUUUAUGUAUUUCGAUCAAGAAAAGAGUUACUUACAGCGAAUGUACAUCACAAGAUGAAUAUAGUAUCCAUAUGGUCAGAAGACAUUAUAGCUGCAAAGAAUUUAGCAACAUCCUUAAAUAAAGAAGUUUUAUUCAUAAAUACACACAUGGAUUUGCAUGAUGGUAUUGCACUUUUACCUUAUGUAAAAAUAUUCAACAAAACAUUGGACACACUAUCGUACAAACAACAAAAUUUUAAUCUUGAUAAUAAUAUGAUAAAACCGAAGAAAAACGAAAUUCCAACUCAUUAUUUUUUUUAUUAUAAUAAGUGGCAACAACCUGUGGAAAACACAUAUUGGAUAUAUAAUGAAACUCUGUGGGCACAUGCAACAAGUUGCGACAUUGAAAGAUGUAUUGAUUCAGCUGAAGAAGGAUUUAAAAUUUGGAGUACCAAAUCUGCAUUUUCUAGAAACCAAAGUUUACUUAAGAUUGCAUACACGUUAGAAAACACUGGUAAAUUUUUAUUAGCAGAUAGAAUAAAAAAAUGGAUAAAAUUUUCAUGUAUUUAUGAAACAUCGUUACUUUGUUCUAAAAACAGAAGAUCAGAAACAACAAAAUUUCAUAAGCCAAGAGGCGUUUUCAUUUUAAAGGAAAAAGAUGAAACUGUUUUAUAUGAUCAAUUGACACAAAUUUUAAUUGCUGGUAAUUCUGUUAUCGUGAUAUGCGAUGGAAAAAAUUCUUAUGAUCUAGCACAAUAUUGUGACAUAUUUUCAGUAUCUGGGAUACCAUCAGGUGUUAUAAAUUUAUUGUUGAGUGAAAAAUUGGAAACUUUAGCAUUUUCCUUAUGUGCAAUUGAUUAUGAUCUUUAUGCAAAACGAUUUUUCUCAAAAGAUCCAAAAAAAACAUAUAUAAACCUUACUGUACCAAAACAAAUUAUACUACCUAUUUCAUAAAUAAUUUUAAUAAUAUAUGACAUAAAUGUCUCUAGAUAGAAAACAUUUUGCGAUAUAAGCAUGGAUAUACGUACAAAAAUAUAUAAAUACAUUUAUAUAUUUAUUUCCAUUUUAUAAUUUUACAAUUUUUAUUACAUUCAUACAUUAAUUCUUUGAAUAAAAGUGAUAAUUAUAUGACUCACUCAGGAUUAUUAAAAUAUUCAUAGAAAAUAUGUUCUACAUUUUCAUUACCAUGAGCAUAUAAAUAGAUAAAAAAAUUAACUGCGAUGUAUAUCUUUUUUAUCAUAAAAAUAUUUUAUAUUUUUAUUAGCAAAUUAUAUAUGCUGCAUAAAUAAUAUAAUUUAAUACAUAUUAUGUUUUAGCAAUUAAAAAAGAUUUUUUUGUAUACGUUUCUUUAUAUAUUUUUAUCUAAAGCUCUUUUGUAAAUUGUACUAUACAUUUCAUUGGUAAUUCCGCUUGUUGUAGAUGCAUAAUAUGCAAUAACUUUCAAAUGUGGGUAGCCUCAAUAAAAAAGAAAAAAAAUACAAAAAGAUUUUUAAUUAGUAAAUUAUAUUUUUUGUUCUUUGUACUAAUAAAAUCACUGUGCGUGUAAAAAAAGCUGAUAUAACUAAAUAUAUAUGCAUAAAUUUGUACUGUUAUAUACAUAUAUGUUUGUAUAUAUGUAUAUGCAUCACAUAAUAUAAGGAAUGUAUUUACUGGAAGAUAAUGUGCGAUUAAAAUUUUUAUCUCUGAGAACAAACCUAUGCCUAAUUAAUUAAAACUUAAUGAUUAAAUUAUAUGCGAAUUAAACAAAUCAAUUUGCUGUA